CCCGCGAUUCGCGCCGUGCCUCACCGCUGAACCCUGACUCUUACCGCAAACUGAUAACUCUUUUUAUCUGGUGGCAUUCCCCGCCUUAGCGCCUCCGCGCCUUAGGAGCACAGACGCGUUGUUGUAGCAUCCCUCUGAGCGUUUUAAUUUCCAUGUGAGAAGCUGAGCUGGGCUAUUUAAGCUUUGGGUGCGAAAUGAGGAAGGUCUGUAUCUGAGUCACCCCGUAAAUCCUGUGAUCUUCAGAAGAGGACAAACUACUUGAUAGGAAUGUUUUGUGUUAGGAAUAGAAGGAGGCCAGCUGGGGAAAGAUGACUUUGGUUUCACAACCAGAUACAUCAACGCCUCCAAAAAAUGUUUAUAAGUUCAGAGACCUGACCAUAGAAGAGCUGAAGAAUGUCAGCAUGACCUACCCCAACUUCACCUUCUCCAUGAAUACAUACACCUUCAAGGAUGGAUCCCAGAAGGACCUCCUGAAUUUUAGUGGUACUGUUCCAGUGAAAUAUGGUAAUUCCUAUAACAUUCCUAUUCGUCUGUGGAUCCUGGAUUCUCAUCCCUUUGCUCCCCCCAUUUGUUUCCUGAAGCCGACUGCAAACAUGGGCAUUGCAGUGGGCAAACACGUGGAUGCACGGGGCAGGAUUUAUUUGCCCUACCUGCAGAACUGGAGCCAUCCUAAAUCAACUCUCAUUGGAUUAAUCAAGGAAAUGAUUGCAAAGUUUGAGGAAGAGCUCCCUUUGUACUCAUUGUCAUCUUCUGAUGCAGCCAGGCAAUCAGAACUUCUCGCCUAUAUUGCAAAGAUUACUGAAGGAGAGACUGACUUGAAAUCAAGGAGUAAAACUGGAGGCAGAAAUGAAGGAUGUUUUAACAAAAUUACUAUUGUUGGAGCUGGAGAUCUUGGCAUUGCAUGUGUAUUAGCAGUUGCAGCAAAGGAUGUUGCAGACAAGGUGGUUCUUUUGGAUCUUUCUGAAGGUGCAGCAAAAGGAGGGACCAUGGAUUUGGAGAUUUUUGCUGUGCCAAAUGUGGAGAUCAGCAAAGAUUUUUCUGCUUCAGCAGAUUCCAAAGUUGUGGUGCUUACAGUUAAUUCUCUGGGUAAUGCUCAGACUUACCUCGAUGUCAUACAAAGCAAUGUGGAAUUGUUCAGAGGAAUUAUUCCAGCAGUAUCCCACUACAGUCAGAAUGCUGUUCUCCUUGUUGCUUCUCAUCCAGUUGAAGUAAUGACAUUUGUGUCAUGGAAGCUGAGCUCAUUUCCCAAAAGCAGAGUAAUUGGAGUAGGUGCCAACCUCGAUUCAGAGAGAUUUCAGUACAUGCUGACCAACCUUUUGAAAGCAGAGGUGCUGGCAAAAGAUGCCUGGGUUAUUGGUGAACAAGGGGAAGACAAAGUACCAUCAUGGACCAGCUGUAAUGUUGCAAAUCAAGCAGAAGCAAUGGCUGCUCAUGACUCAAGGGAAAAGGUGGCUAACAGAGCUAUGGAAAUCCUAAAGGGAAAAGGUCAGAGAUCUUGGUCUGUUGGGCUCUCAGUUGCCGAUUUGGCUGACAGCAUUCUGAAAGAUAAAAGAAAGGUUCAUUCUGUAUCCACUCUGGCAAAGGGGUGUUGCAAUAUAAACAGUGAAGUAUUCUUAAGUCUCCCGUGUAUUCUUGGAGCCAGUGGAGUGAUUGAAAUGGUCAGACUGGAGGAAGACCCACUGGUGCAAGAGAAACUGCAAAGCAGUGCAGGCUCAAUUCAUGACCUUCAGCAGCAGCUGAAACUGUAAGGAAGCACAAGGGAAGCCUCUGUGUCUGCUCACUGAAGCUGGAGAUCUGCAAGGCAGAAGAGGUUGCUUCAUAUAUAUGGAUUUCUGUAGAAAACAGGAAGCUUUGUUACUUUGCUGUCCAAAAGUGCUUUCUCGGUUUAGGUUUAAGAAAUUUAAUACUGCACUGCACUGUAGUUUUCUUUGUAAAGUGCACUUCUGGUUGCCAAAAUGAGGCUGGUAACACGCAAGAAUAUUUUACCUAAAUUCAGGUGGCCUUGCCUGUGGUUUUUGGCUGCCAGUUAUAGCCUGACUCUUGGGUUACUCUUAGCACCUCAUAGCUAAGCACACCCAGCUCUGCAAAAACUCCACCUCCAGAGCCCACUUGAACCCUUUCUCAUGGCUUUUAAAUGCUGUUUAAAUGCUGAAGCUGGUUUAGGGUACAGUCACACUCCAGCUCCUCAGGUACUGGGGAUGCAGUUCCGUAGCUCCAUCUUCCAUGGCUGUAGGUGCUCUUAUGUCAAUGGACUCCUGGUGUUUUGCUGUUUACUGAGGGAGCAUGAUGGUUGCAGUACCCUUCAAAGCUGAACUAUUUAGGCUAUGGAAUUCUGUUGACACUUAAUGAUGUCUGAAAUACUCUGGUCAUGACUUGCUUUUAUUUUGUGAGGACAUUCAGAGCACUAAAGCAUCUGCAGUUGUCACUACACACAUGGAGCACUGGAAUCAGAAGCUCUUCCUGAAUGGGAGGAGCAGGAGCUGGGCUUCAAAUAAAACAUAAAAUCUAGCAGUUAAACAGUGCAGGAAUAUCUGCACAUUCAAUCUAAAGCUGGCUGGGAGCUUUUCAUCAGCCUCAGGAGAAGGCAACAGAACCUGUAACCCUCCUCCCACGAGGCCAAGGAUGUGAUAAAAAAGUAGGAUGUGUAUUUGUAGGUAAAAAACAGAUGGUUUUGAGAUCAAGUGUUUUUUGGGGUUCUAACCUCUUGAUUUAUUACUGGUAAAAGACUGCAUUAUACCUCAGCAUCACAUGGCAGGCACAGGGGACUUGGGCUCCACUCCUGCUGUGUGCAGCUUUGGAAUGUCAUUGCACAUUUACCUUUGAGGGGUGCCUGGAUAAAUAAUGUUGGAAAUUUGUUCUGAGCAAAAGUAGGAUCUGUGGCAGAGCAAAAGAUCUGAUCCUUUGUGCCUUCCAGUUACAUGUCACAAAGAGCCAGACAUGCAGGGAGUUCUGAGUGUAUAGUGAUCUCAGAACUGGAUUAAAAAUAGAAAGAAAAAGCCUUCAGUAAUUCAGACCUUUAUUUUUGUGGAAUACCCAAAUUUCUUUCACUGUACCGGUAAACGAUGGGGCAAAAUUAGUGAUGGCUUCAGGUGACCAACUUUGCUGGUAUAUUUUUUAAAAGCUGUACUUUGGUUUUUUUCACUUACUUUGGAAAAAAAACAGUAUUAAUUUAAGGUUUUACAUUAUUUUUCAUGGUGUUGUUUCUCAUCUGUUGAGUAUUUCUUUUCACGCGAAUAGUCAAGCCGAUGCUUAUUUAGUUCGGUGUUUUUGUAAUAAUUCUAACCUUAAAACGCUGCCAGCUCUC